GCACGCUCACUCCCUACCUCACUGUCAGCCGUGGUGGUUGGAGGCAGCUGCUCUUGUUUGUCAGAGAGUUCCCUCUCUCUUCUCUCCUCUUUUCUCUCUCUCUCUCUCUCUCUCUUAUCUCUUCCUCUCCUCCCUUCUCGGCAUCUUUCUCUCUCUCCAUCACUCUCUCCCUCACUCUCUUCCUCCACUUCUCCAGUUUUUUUUUGCCUUGGGAGAGGAAGGGGGGCUGUUAGGCAAAGAGGGGCAACAACACAAAAGGAAAGAAGAAGUGCACCUCUUGGCAAGUGGGGCAAAAAAACAAUGUUCUCCCCCCCCGCCUGAAGACGCGCGGGUGGAUUAGGUGACUAUUCUGAGCCCUAAUAAGAUUAGUGUAUGUGUGUGUGUGUGUGUGUGUGUGUGUGAGAGAGAGCAGACAUGGGUCGUGGCGGCGUGGUACCUUUUGUUGAUCUCCCGCGGGAGCGCUCCUCCGUCUUGUCUGCUGGAUCCACCGCCGCUGAUGCUGCCGCUGCUGGGAAUGGCCAGCUGAUUCCGACUCGGAUGCCGCGCGAGGCUGGAGCAACGCGGGCGGAUGCCCGGGAAUAGAGACUGCCCGCUCGCUCGCUCGCCCGCACGCACGCACGCCCGCCCGCUCGUGUGUGUGUGUGCCGGUCGGCGUUGUCGUCGGCUCUGCCGCCGUCGCCGCUGACGCUUCCGCGGAGAGGAGCGGCUUUUUGCGCUCGCAUAGCCGCCGGUGGACAACAUGAAGUACCAGAAAUACAUCACUGUCAUGCAGAUGGCCAUGGGGGUGACGGCCUCCAACAAAGAUAUUAUCCCUCCCAAGAGGAUGCUGUGGGUUCCUCCUGACAUCCCCGGGGCUACAGGGCCCGCUAUUGUGAGUGUGUCCGGUGCUGCGGGCGCCGCCACUCUGGUGCCGUCCUCGGCCAUCUCCACGCUUUCGCUGAGCCAGAGCAACAAGCCAUCGCUGCGCCGCAUCAAGGGACGCAUCCACCGCAGCAAGAGCCUGGACAGCAUUGACCUGCUCGACUGCAAUAGUGCAAUGGAGGAAACAGUGAUAUGGGAACAGCACACAGUCACUCUUCAGAGGGCACCGGCUCUCGGGUUCGAAUCGCUAUUUGGGGCGGGGACAACCUCUACCUCCAGAGUGGGGGAGACGGCCCAUCACAUCUCAGAUGUGCUGACAGGAGGGCCAGCGGAGGGGCUCUUACAGGAAAAUGAUAGAGUGGUGAUGGUCAACGCUGUCUCCAUGGACAAUGUGGAACAUGCCUAUGCUGUGCAGCAGUUAAGGAAAAGCGGCAAAAAUGCCAAAAUAACGAUCCGGCGCAAGCGGAAGGUCCAGAUCCCGUGGGAGCCUGGCCGGCGACCGGGCGACGACAUGUCGGAGCCAGAGACCAGGAGAGGGACGAGGGAGGGAGUACAGCGGCCCGGGCUGCACUGGCCAGCUGGAAAGCCAGCGAGGCUCGGGACGGCACGCCAAGGGCAAUCUGGAGAGAACGGGCCACUGCCAAGGGACAGGAGCCAGCCAGUGGCCUCCAACACUCCACCAAUGCCCGCCAAGGUCACCUCGUCAAGUCCAAGAACACGAUCCGCCGAAGGUCCAGAUCCCGUGGUUCGCCACACCGCUGCACAUGUCGGAUGCUGGAGCCAGCGGAGGCUCGGGGACGGCACGCCGCGGCGAACGGAGAGAACGGGCCACGCCAAGGGGACAGGAGCCGCCACCAGUGCGGGUCUCCAACAUCGCCCCAGCCAGUCUCCGGCCAAGGUCACCCUCGUCAAGUCCCGCAAGAACGAAGAGUAUGGUCUGCGGUUGGCCAGCCACAUCUUUGUGAAGGACAUCUCCCCCGAGAGUCUGGCAGCACGAGAUGGCAACAUCCAGGAAGGAGACGUGGUGCUGAAGAUCAACGGCACGGUGACGGAGAACCUGUCCCUGAUCGACGCCAAGAAGCUGAUCGAGAGGUCAAAGGGCAAGCUAAAGAUGGUGGUCCAGCGGGACGAACGUGCCACGCUCCUCAACAUCCCUGACAUGGAUGACAGCAUUGCCUCCGCCAACUCCGACAGAGACGACAUCUCUGAGAUCCAUUCUCUGGCGUCUGACCACUCCCAUGACCGGACGCGUGGGGCGCGGUCUCGGUCUCCGGACAAGCGCUCCGAGCCCUCGGACCUCUCCAGACAGUCCCCUCAGCAGAUCAGCAAUGGCAGCCACAGGAGAAGCGAUGAGGACCGCAUGUCGUCCAAGCCAGGUGCGUCCACGCCCAUCAAAGGCUCGGAGGAGACGCUCCACUCACAGCCCAGUGAGCCGUCAGGGUCCAGAGACGAGAAGCAGAUCCCCCCACUGCCAGAGCCCAAGCCUGUGUAUGCCCAGCCUGGGCAGCCCGAUGUGGAUCUCCCCGUCAGUCCCUCCGAUGCCCCCGUGCCCAGUGCUGCCCAUGAUGACAGCAUCCUCAGGCCCAGUAUGAAGCUGGUGAAGUUUAAGAAGGGGGAGAGUGUGGGCCUGCGCCUAGCCGGAGGCAACGAUGUGGGCAUUUUUGUGGCAGGCGUUCUGGAGGACAGCCCCGCUGCAAAAGAGGGCCUUGAGGAGGGAGACCAGAUUCUCAGGGUAAACAAUGUUGACUUUGCGAACAUCAUCCGCGAGGAGGCGGUUCUGUUUCUGCUGGACCUGCCGCGGGGAGAAGAGGUCACCAUACUGGCCCAGAAGAAGAAGGACGUGUACCGGCGAAUCGUGGAGUCGGACGUGGGCGACUCCUUCUACAUCCGCACGCACUUCGAGUACGAGAAGGAGUCUCCGUACGGGCUGAGCUUCAACAAGGGUGAGGUGUUCCGCGUGGUCGACACACUCUACAACGGCAAGCUGGGCUCCUGGCUCGCCAUCCGCAUCGGCAAGAACCACCAGGAGGUGGAGAGGGGCAUCAUCCCCAACAAGAACAGGGCGGAGCAGUUGUCCAGUGUACAGUACACGCCUCAAGACUUCUACGGGCAUACAGGGCGGGACUUCUGGCGGUUCACAUGCCUAAGCAGCUCCAAGCGAAACCUGAGGAAGAGCCGGGAGGACCUGAGUGCCCAGCCCGUCCAGACCAAGUUCCCCGCCUAUGAGAGGGUCGUCCUGAGAGAGGCUGGUUUCCUCAGGCCAGUGGUCAUCUUUGGGCCCAUUGCUGACACGGCUCGAGAGAAGCUGUCCAGAGAAGUGCCUGAUCUGUUUGAGCUCGCCAAAACGCAGAACCAAGACGACACAGAAAAGAGCGAACCCCGCGACGCCGGCACCGACCAGCGCAGCUCCGGAAUCAUCCGCCUGCACACCAUCAAACAGAUAAUCGACAGGGAUAAACACGCAGUGCUGGACAUCACCCCUAACGCAGUGGACCGUCUGAACUACGCGCAGUGGUACCCCAUUGUGGUGUUCCUCAACCCCGACAGCAAACAGGGGGUGAAGAACAUGAGGAGCCGCCUGUGUCCCGAGUCACGCAAGAGCGCACGCAAGCUCUAUGAGAGGGCCCUCAAGCUGAGGAAGAACAACCACCACCUGUUCACAGCAACCAUCAACAUGAACAACAUGAAUGACGGAUGGUACGGUUCCCUGAAGGACACCAUCCAACAGCAACAGAACCAGCUUGUCUGGGUUUCAGAGGGCAAGCUUGACCGGCUGUCGUACCUGUCUCGCGCCGGGGCGAGAGUACAGCAUGUACAGCCGCGGACAACGCCGCCACCGCGAUCGACUGGGAGGACCCGAUGCAGGCGGCGCCCUACACCGACCAGGAGCUGGGCGAGGGCGGCUGAGCAGCAGGCGGACCGCCACGCCGCCCGGGCGACAGCUGACCGCAUCCUCGAGCCCGUGCAGCAGGACAUGGCCGUGCUGCAGCAGCCGCCGCCUGGAUACGCCGCCGUGGCCGCCGCUGCCGCCGCGCUGGCCGCCUACCCGCCGCCCACAGCAGAGCCGGCUGCUGCCGCGGCCCCUGUGCCGGUGGUGGAGCCGCUGGCCCAGACAGCGCCCCCUGCAGCUCGACACUCUCCAAGCGCCGCCAUCGCGACCGCCACCCCGGAACCCCCCUCCACCUCCACCGAGCCCCCCCCACCCGUCACUUCCACCACCAACUCCAACUCCAACUCCAGCCUCACCCUCCCCGAGGCUGGGCCAAUCAGGAGCAGCCCUGUCCCAGAGCUAGCCCCGCCCCCGGGUCACGAGCCCACCCAAACCGGGACGCCCGGGUCGGAACCAAAGGUGUCCUGCGCCGUCUCUCGCUCCGCUUGUAUGUACAAGAAGGAGAUCUACAGCAUGGACGAGCCAAUCAGGCCCAAGACGCGCGGCUACUACGACCCUCGCCUGGCGACGUAUGCUGACCAGCAGCAGCAGCAGCAGCCCCCGUGGCCAACUUAUGACCAGCCCCCUCCGCCACAGCGCCAGACGCCUCCCGCCGUCGCCCGUAGCAACAACUACGCCAACGUGGUGGACACGCCCGUGCCCGUACCCGAAGCCGGUAUCAGUGCCCUCGCCCACCGGGAGCUGUCCGGCAUGCCCAAAGGCAGCUGUGGCGCGGCGUCGGUCAGCCCUUGGCCGGUCAGUGGGAGCGGGCACGAGCCGGAAAACGACCCGGCCAUGCGGCCGCAGUCGGUGCUCACGCGCGUCAAGAUGUUCGAGAACAAGCGCUCCGUCUCUGUGGACCGAGCCCGCGACGCAGACAUGGCCAUGAGGCCGGUGGAUAUGGUGCCCAAGCCUGGCGUGGGGCCUGGUUCAGUCCCCAAAGCCAACUCUCUGAGUAACCUGGACCAGGAAAAGGCGUUCAGAAUGCCUGAGCCGCAGCAGCCCCAGUCGAGGGCAGUCGAUGACAUUGUGCGCUCCAACCACUACGACCCAGACGAGGACGAGGAGUACUACAGGAAGCAGCUGUCCUACUUCGACCGCCGCAGCUUCGACAAGCCCAGUCCUGCGCCCACCCCAGUCAACAAGCCCGACAAGAUCAGCUCUGCGCCGGGCAACUCCACCGGACCUCCACCAAUAAUGCCUAAGCCCACCUCGUUAGAUGCAGUGAGUCCACCCCCUGAUCCGCUGGCCUCGCCCAAAUCCAAACCCUCGGGUCGGGAGGACACGGUCCAUGGCAACUUCCUGCCCCAGAAGAGCUUUCCAGAAAAGUCCCCGGUCAACGGCACCGAGCCGCCCAAGACGCCCACCGGCUACAACCGCUUCGUGCCCAAGCCGUACACCACGUCGGCGCGUCCCUUCGAGCGCAAGUUCGACAGCCCCAAGUUCAACCACAACCUGUUGCCCAACGACAGCACGCAGGGCAAGGGAGAGAGCAGCGUGGGGGGGAAGAGCCCCGUCAACAACGUGGCCAAGCCGCACGGCUCCCCCCAGCCCCCCGACCACGACAGCGGCGUGGACACCUUCACCCGCACCAUGGACCACCGCAAGUACCCGCACAACAACAUCAACGCCGUGCCCAAAGCCAUCCCCGUCAGGUGAGAGGACAGCACUGACCACCACACGCUCUACCACCCGGGAAAAGCGCUGGAUGACUACUUUGCGACGAUGACGAGCACACGUGGUUGCCACGCAAGUAGGGCAUCUUCAUCUAACGGGCGCGCAGUUGAGUUCCAUCGAGACGGGCGUGAGCAUCAUCAUCCCGCAGGGGGCCAUCCCCGGCCAGUGAUCGACAGAAUCUACUUCAAGAUUGACAACAGCAUCUGCCCCCCGCUCGACAAGGAGAAAGGUGAAACCCUGCUGAGCCCCCUGGUGAUGUGCGGUCCUCACGGCCUGAAGUUCCUGAAGCCCGUGGAGCUGCGUCUUCCUCACUGUGCGUCUAUGACCCCUGAUGGUUGGUCUUUUGCUCUAAAAUCCUCCGACUCCUCGUCGGGUGACCCUAAGAGCUGGCAAAAUAAAGCCCUGCAGGGGGACCCUAACUACCUGGUGGGGGCCAACUGCGUGUCUGUGCUGAUCGACCAUUUCUGAGGAGGGAGACAGCCGGUCUGUUACUGAAUGUGUUCUCUGGAGAACCACGCAGAGGACAAGAGCUGCACUCCCAGAACACACACACACACACACACACACACACACAUGUACACACACACACACACAAUGGUCACUGCCCUGGAUUGCAGGAGGGUUGUGGGGAGGUGUGUUGCCCCCCUACCCCCUCCUCACUCCGCUGAAGAAUCUCCUCUCCUCGUUCCAGACAACGUUUACUGUAACCAUGGGAACGGGAGAGAAUGACUGUUCUCUGAAGUGCUGUUCUUUUUGUUCUUCGCUCCUUCUUUUUCUAAGUGCUCAUAGCGUAACCAGAACAUAAGUGAAACACACACACGCACGCACACACACAACACAAGAAAAGAAAGAAAAAAAAAUGUGCUUUGAUGGAAUGCAUGCUCGGUGUGUCACUGCAUAUUAAACAGUGUUUGGCCAAUUUUCAACUAAUCGUUAUGUUACAUUCGACAUGGUGUGCAAGGCUACAUGACCUUCUUCAGUUUAUACUAGAUAGGUAGUCACUAAAGACAUUACAGAGCAUAUUUAUACUAUAUAUGCACUGCAUAUAUGAUAUGAAUAUUAUAGUGAUUUUAUAGCAUUCUACUAUACUAGCUUUUUUCAUAUUUCACUUUCCCAUGAGAAAACACUGAUCAAGGAGGACUGUUUGCACACUCACACACACACACACACACACACACACACACACAGUGUGGACUUGUGAAGGAUUGAGACUUCAGUGCCAGACCAUAAUGCUGGAUCGGAGCUGGUGUUGAAAAAAAGCCCAGAGGUUGCUGGAACCUUCCAGAACACAAAGAAAAAGAAAGUGCAAGCAGAACCCGACGACUGACUGACUGAGAUGAGACCAAACCCCUCACUCACCCCUCACACACCAACGCCUCCGCCAAGAUGGACGCCACUUCUGGGACUGCCAGUCAGCCAGACCAGACCGGUGCACCAGAAUCAGCAUCCAUCUGUUCCCUUUCCUCUCUCUUUCUCUCUCUCUCUCUCUCUCUCUCUCUCUUUCUCUCUCCAAGACAAACCUGUCCUCCUUGCCUUUGAGGUCUUUAGUUUCACCGUUUUAUUUUUUUCUUUUUGUUUGUUUGUAUGUUUUUAUUUUCUUACAGCGAUCUACCUUCUGGCCUACCUUUUGUGGAGGAGUGCGCUCCUCUGCCGUAGCUCUCCUGAAGCCCGCUCUUCCUGCUGCUCCAGGGACUCGGCUGUCUUCGGCCCUGGAUCUCGCUAAGACCCAGACCCCUGAUCGUGCUAAGACCUAGGGCCCAGAUCUCACAAACACCUGGACCUGUCUCUCACACACCCGGGUCUAUCCAGAUCUUGCAUAAAAAAUCUCUCUCUCUCUCUCUCUCUUUCUCUCUCUUUCUCAUAAGACCCGGUUCUGGUUAAGAGCUAGGCUCAAAGCAGACGGGGGACCUGGGCCGAGUCCGGGCCGGAGUCGGCUGGCUCCUGGGCCGUGUCCUGAUCUAUGCAUGUGGUCCGGCUCGGACCGCUCGACACCACCACCCCACAGGCAGCCGGAUCUGGGUCUGGGCUCGCGCUUCCAGCACGCUGUGAUGCCUUAUCGCAACAUUACUACUACUAUUACUACUACUACUACUACUCACUUUUUCAGUACCAUUUACAGGAUGAAGUAUUUUUGUUUGUUUUGGUUUUUCUAAGUUAUGGUGGUGAUAGUGAUUACGACUGUGAUGAUGGUGAUGAUUAUGAAGAUGUUGAUGUUGCAUGGUGACACUGAUGAUGAAGGUUAAAUAUAAAUGAAGUCAUUGAAGUUGGAAUGUUCAACAGACAGUUCUUGGGAAAGAGUGCAGGAGUUCCUUCCUGCUGUGUAUACGACUUCAGAUAGAUUUUUUUUUUAAGAAAACAACUAUGGAAAGGUAUGCAGGAGGGGGGGUCGCUGCAGUGGCUGUACAUACUGCGAGUAUAUGGCCUUGGUUCUUGGUUUGUAAAUGAACUUUUUGUAAUGUCUUUAUUAUUUUGUAUAAAAUUUAGAGGAAGAAAAAAACAUCUCUUUAAAAAAUGAUUAUGCUUAUCUUUGUAUUCUGGUUAUACCCUCAGCCUUGGAACUUGUAACAGUAAAGUAAUACGACUACCUUUUCUACCAGCACAGACACACACACACACACACACACACACUCUCUGACACACACACACACUAUCUCUCUAUCUCUCUCUCUCACACACACAUACACUCUCUCCUCUCUCUCUCUAUCUCACACACACACACAUGCUAAAAUACAAACAUAACAUUUUUGAUGGUCACUACAACAGCCAACAAUAAAAAAAAAAUAAAACUCUUUAUAUGGUUAUUCACAGAAGAGGGAAGUGCUCAGAAUAAAAAAAGUGACACGAAUAAAAGUGUGUUCUUUCUGAACGUGUGCUAUAUAACCCUCCUCUUCCUCUCGUAUGUGAUACUGGAUGCUGUAUCGUGUGCCCUCAAAAGUAUUUUUGUACUAAUAGACAAUUUAUUAGGGCACACCAGUAUUAUUUUCUUUAGCUAAGAUAACACAGCUUCAAAUGGAUAUUAGCUCUUCACGUGUGGCUAACUUUUUUCUUUUUUUUUUCUCCCACACAAUUUAAGUAUACAACUGAAUUAAUAAAACAUUUUUAAAGUA